AUGCACUGGUUUCUUAUUGCCCUCACCUUUGUGCCGCACGCUGCUUCCUUAAGUGCUCCCAACAAUUAUGAAUAUAGGUUGUCACAGGAGAACGCUAAAGAAUCAUUGAUGCACGAUAUAUUCGGCUCUUUGAUGCAUGACAGCAACAUUAUUGCGGAACGAAAUGGAGCUCAUCGAAACGAGCAACUGCUUGAGCAGCAGGAAGCUUCGCCCAUAUCUUUUCCAUUCAAAAUGAAUCAACUUCACUAUCCGGAUAUUGAUGAUCUUACAGACUUCAAGCAGCGAGGACCCUUAUUUUCAGGUAUUGUAACUUUCGCCCAUCUCCCCCAAGAUGAAUGCUUCUUCGCUAGAGAGCCAAUUGAUAUUGCGAUUGUCGGAGCUCCAUUCGAUUUGGGAGUUUCAUAUAACAGUGGAGCGAGGUUCGGACCGAACGGUGCCCGUCAAGGAUCGCGAAGGCUAGGAGGUGGAAACAGCCCAAUAAGAGGUAAUUACCGCGCUUCGAAACUCAGACGCCUCGACCCUUACAAUGCAGGACUUAAAUUGGUAGACUGUGGAGACGUUCCAAUGACUCCGUUUGACUCCAGAAUAGCUUUGAAUCAGCUCUAUCGAGGUCACCAUGCGAUUCAUAAACAUUCAAGCUUCAACUCCACGCAGUUCAAUAAUACGCGUAUUGUCACCUUAGGUGGCGAUCAUACGAUCACUUUGAUGAACUUAAGGUCAGCAUAUGAAACCUUUGGUGAUCCAGGGGGGCUUGCGGUAAUCCAUUUCGAUGCUCAUAUCGAUACAUGGGAUCCAAAAGUUUUGGGCGGAGGAAUCUCGGAUUACGCCAGUCUGAACCACGGUACGUUUUUACAUUUUGCUGCUGAAGCUGGCUACGUAGCCAAAAAUCACAGCGUUCACGUCGGAAUCAGGGCUCCGUUCAUUUCAGGGAUAGACGAAAAGCAUGAUGCUGUGGACUGUGGCUUUAAAACCCUCACUUCUAAGGACGUGGAUGUGUACACGGCAAAAGGAAUUGCCGAAAUUAUUAAAUCCAUCGUCGGACAUCGUAAAGCUUACCUCACUUUUGACCUUGACACAUUUGACGUUGGUUACAUCAACUCGGGUACCUUGGAAGCUGGAGGACUCAGCUCAAGGGAAAUCUUGACAAUUUUGGAUGGUUUGGAGGGCAUAAACUUAGUUGGUUGCGACAUUGUGGAGGUUAGCACUGCACCUAAUACUGUGAAUAGUGCUAGUACAGAGCUCUUAGCCGCUCAGGUAGUAGAUUCAAUGCUGGGGCUAAUGACUGUUUUCGACCAGCCUGAAUAG